UUCAUCUUAACACAAAAUACACAUAGGAUAACGAAAUUUAACAGAAAUCCCCAACUUUCAGACAAUGCUACACCGGUCCAGCACCGUCUAACCCAAAAAUGCUCCGAUCCCGGCGUCGCCCCCACUACGCCACCCACCUCUGCGCCUUAACCGCCGCCGUCCUCCUCCUCCUCUCCGUCUCCAUCCUCUACAUCCGCCUCACCUCCCACCAACCACCACACCCCCACCACCACCACCCCGACCUCACCUCCAACCCUCUCCUCGAAGACUCCGAUCCCGACGACCGUACCUCCGACGACGACCGCAUCGACAUCCUAGACGACACCGUUCAAGACGAUCCAUUCUCUAGGGUUUCAGACGAAGAAGAAGAAGAAGACGACAUCUUCAACCAUUAUUCCGACGAUGACGUCACCGAUCAACCUAGGGUUUCCAAAUAUUAUUAUGAUCAUGUGCAGGGAGUGAUUCGGCGUGCGUUUGAUAAGCGAUCGAUUGAUCAGUGGGAGGAUUAUGUUAAUUUUGAUUUGAAUAGUGCUGGAUCAGGUUCUGGUUUAGGUUCUGGUUUUGUUGAUUUAGGGUUUGGUUCAGACGACGUCGUUUUGGAUGAUAAUGUGAGGAGGAAACUGGCUCAAGUGAAAGGGGUUGAGGAUGCACUUUUGUUGAAGGUUUCACCUUUGAAGGAAGGGUGGGGGGAUUGGUUUGAGAAGAAGAGUGAUUUUUUGAGGCGUGAUCGGAUGUUUAAGUCGAAUUUGGAGAUGUUGAAUCCGAUGAGUAAUCCGUUUUUGCAGGAUCCGGAUGGGGCGGGGGUUACCGGGCUUACUAAAGGAGAUAAAAUGAUUCAGAAGCGGAUAGUUAACGACUUUAAGAAGGUACCUUUCGGGGUGUCUGUAACAUCUGUUGACAAUCCGAUGUCGAAAACGAAGGUUGAGAGUGAAAACAAGGUUGCCGAGCGAAGAACUUUGGAUGAGGGGAUUCGAGAGGUUGUUGAUAAAAGUGACGAAAUGAGAAAUGAGUUUUCGGGUCAGAUUUAUGCGGACGGGAAGAGAUGGGGAUACUUUCCCGGUUUGCAUCCUCGUUUAUCGUUUUCAAAUUUCAUGGAUGCUUUCUUUAGGAAAGGGAAGUGCUCGAUGAGGGUUUUUAUGGUGUGGAAUUCGCCACCGUGGAUGUUUACUGUUCGACACCAACGUGGGCUUGAAAGCCUGCUGUUUCACCAUCCGGAUGCUUGUGUUGUGGUCUUUUCUGAAACUUUAGAGCUCAAUUUCUUUGAUGGUUUUGUAAAAGACGGUUUCAAGGUUGCUGUUGCCAUGCCGAAUCUAGAUGAGUUGCUGAAAGAUACACCGACCCAUGAAUUUGCUUCUGUCUGGUUCGAAUGGAGGAAGACAAAGUUUUAUCCUACGCAUUACAGCGAGCUUAUCCGCCUGGCUGCUCUUUACAAAUAUGGUGGGAUCUAUCUUGAUUCUGACGUUAUAGUGAUAAAACCGCUCUAUUCGCUAUCUAAUAUGGUGGGCCUAGAGGAUGAAUCAUCUGCAAGUGAUUUGAAUGGAGCUGUGAUGGUAUUUAGAAAGCACAGCCCGUUUAUAAUGGAGUGCUUGAAGGAGUUUUAUGCAAGUUAUGAUGAUACAAACUUAAGGUGGAACGGGGCUGAUCUUUUGACUCGAGUUGGAAGUAAGUUUCUGCAUGAAGAAAACGGGUUCGAGAAUCAGAUGGAACUGAAACUGCAGCCCUUCUUUGCUUUCUUCCCUAUAAGUCGUAAGAGUAUCACACGAUAUUUCACCCAACCUACAACUGAUGCUGAAAAAGCCGAUCAAGAUGCUCUAUAUCAAAAGAUCGUUGAUGAGGCGUUAGUAUUUCAUUUCUGGAACAGCUUAACAUCUAGUCUAGUUCCUGAGGCCGGGAGCCUAGCAGCCAGACUUAUUGACCGACAUUGUAUCCGUUGUUCUGAUAUGUUGUAAAAUUUGUAUCUCAUAUUCACCCACGAUCGGCUUCGAGUCCAGUGAGGUAUAUAAGUUAUUGUUGAUCACUUUACGUCAAUGAUUUCUGGGAGGGUUCGUGAUCCUGUAUCAUGGGCGUUGGAAAUGAUAUAUAGUUUAGAUAAAUGCAAAGUUUUCUGCAGUUUAGUUUGUGUAAUCAUCAACUGGAUUUCUCCUUGAGGUACAAAUAUUGUUGAAUUUUGUAUAAUGAAGUCAUUUUCUUUGAAGA